AUGGCAGAAAAGUGCAUAAUAGCAGCAACUAUCGCUCUCUUGGUAUGUCAUCCUCGGACAACCAUAAAGUGUUUCAGUCCUGGACAGAGCGACACAAAAUCCCCUAAGCGACACAAGCCAAAGCCAAAACCAAAGCCAAAACCAAAACCAAAACCAUCUAAUCUACCAAAAGCCUUAAACCCAAAUGCAGAACAAAUUCCCUUCCAAUCCAAGGAAAAACUCAAACCCAAUUCUAGUUUUUCCUCUACCAACAAUUUCUCUCAAGGACUUGUUAGUAAUAAGGUCUCAGAAAUCUUUAAAGGAGACCCUUUAUUUGGUACCAUUGAAACCAUAAUCCGCUCAGGGUGGCUUGACAAAAGAAGCCUCAAAAUCAAGAAGGUUUUUAGAGUGAGUCACACUGUACGGACUAUCUUCAUGUUUGAACAGUACAGGCACAAAUUAGAACUCAAAUACUCAAAUGGUACUAGCGGUUUCAAUGAGAGGUUGGCGGUUGAUGGGAAUGAGAUAUUGCAGUUCCAUGGUGCAACUAUUUCUUGUUCUUUAGGGGCGACCUCGAAUGGAUUAUCGUCCGACGUCUGCGAGAAGGAAGGUUGUGGAGUCUGUAGAAUUUUGGCCUCAAAUUUCUCCACUGAAGAUGGAUCAGUUUCAUUCUUUGAGAAGAGUUGGGAGGCUCAUGAGAAGGUGAUUGCAAAUGGGGUUUGUGCAAGGAAAGCCAUUGUAGUGUGUCGGGUUAUUGCCGGUCGGGUUAUUGCCGGUCGGGUUGGCCGUUGUGACCAACGUGGGCUAAUGGAUGGAGAAGAAGGCAGCUUUGAUUCUGUAGCGAUUGGAUCAUCUGGGAAUCAAUCCAAUGGAGGGGAAGAGCUAUUUGUUUUGGAUCCGAGGGCAGUGCUUUCAUGCUUUGUGGUCACAUACUAG